GGUACGGAUGGAGGGCAAGGGCGGCGCUAGGAAGCCCUAGGGAAUCGCGAAGGAUCAGCAGGCCCUCAGUGAGAGGACAUCCCCAAGAUCACAAAUCCAACCACUGCCAUACGUCCUCACUGCUUCGGGGACAGCCAGCUUCCGGCGCCUUUAAAUCAGGAAAUACUGGCUGCGUCCAAUCCUGGUCCUCCUUUCGCCACUUAGUCUUAGCGCCGGUUCUUCGCCAGGGGAGCGCCAGGCCGGCCGUCUAUGGACACCAAUCAGCACUCAGGAAAGGCGCAUUCGCUCUGGAAAGAACGUGACGUACAGUAGACUUUGCCCUAAAGGCGACCUCCUCUUUUCUCCCCCUCCCUCGCUUUGAAGAUGGCGCUCUCCAGGGUGUGCUGGGCUCGGGCUGCUCUGUGGGGUUCGGCGGUCACCCCUGGACCUCAUGUCACCCGGAAGCUGCAACUUGUUCGCUGUGGCCUGGCCUGGGGGGCCCCUCGGUCUUCAAAGCUUCACCUUUCACCAAAGGCAGAUGUGAAGAGCUUGAUCUCUUACGUGGUGGCCAAGACAAAAGUGAUUAAUGGGAAAUACCAUCGUUUCUUGGGUCGUCAUUUCCCCCGCUUCUAUGUCCUGUACACAGUCUUCCUGAAAGGAUUGCAGAUGAUAUGGGCUGAUGCCAAAAAGGCUAGAAGAAUAAAGACAAAUAUGUGGAAGCACAAUAUAAAGUUUCAUCAACUUCCAUACCGGGAGAUGGAGCAUUUGAGACAGUUCCGUCGAGACGUCACCAAGUGUCUUUUCCUAGGUAUUAUUUCCAUUCCACCCUUUGCCAACUACCUGGUCUUCCUGCUAAUGUACCUGUUUCCUAGGCAGCUACUGAUCCAACAUUUCUGGACCCCAAAGCAACAAAUUGAUUUCUUAGAUAUCUAUCAUGCUCUCCGGAAGCAGUCCCACCCAGAAAUCCUUUGUUAUUUAGAAAAGGUUAUCCCUCUCGUUUCUGAUGCAGGACUCCGGUGGCAUAUGACAGAGCUGUGCACCAAGAUACAGCGUGGUACCCACCCAGCAACACAUGAUAUCCUGGCUCUGAGAGAGUGUUUCUCUAACCAUCCUCUGGGCAUGAAGCAACUCCAUGCUUUGCAGAUGAAAGCCUUGAGCCGAGCCAUGCUUCUCACGCCUUACCUGCCUUCUUUCUUGUUGAGACACCGUUUAAGGACUCAUACCACUGUAAUUCACCAACUGGACAAAGCUUUGGCAAAGCUGGGGAUUGGCCAGCUGUCUCCUCAGGAGGUGAAAUCGGCUUGUUACCUUCGUGGCCUGAAUUCUACCCAUAUUGCUGAAGAGAGGUGUCGAACUUGGCUAGGAGAGUGGCUACAGAUUUCCUGCAGCCUGAAAGAAGCUGAGCUGUCCCUCUUGCUACACAACGUGGUCCUGCUUUCCGUCAACUACACCGGGACAAGGCGCUGAGUGAACGCGGGGCGGAUGGCAUUGUCCUGCGGCCACAGAGUGCGGCAGCGUGGCACCUACCCGCACCGGUCAGCCGGGGCUCUGCGUGCGCUGGUAGGUGCGCCCGAGGCAGGGGACAGGUGCUACGGGCUUCCCAGCGCAGCCGCCAUGCUGCAGCUGGGACUGAAACAAGCCCUCUUAGCAGAGGUGGCCCGUGUGAGCCGGCGACCCGGCUUCCUCAGAACCAGCCGGGGCGGCCGGCGGCCUCUGUACUGGGCCUCCAUUGUGAUGGUUCCAGCUCAGAGCCUAGGAAGUGAGCUUGUGCCACAGGUGGAAAGCCUCAUCUGGCCCAGGGCUCACCCGCUGCCGUAGUCUUUAGAGCUGCGUUUUUGUCACAGUGUCCGGCUGGUGAGGGCAACGGCACUGUUGAAAUUGGAGCAUUUACAUCUAUGCGCGUACGUCGAUGCUGCCCUCGAUCCUUUUUGUGAUGACCAAAAACAGGUCUGUUUUUUGGGGUGGUUUUUUUUUUUUUUUUGGUCCCCUCACUGGGUUAACCACUCCCUUUCCUUUCCAAAUCCUUGACCAUCUUUUUUUUAAGCAAAUAGUUAUUCAUAUAUGGGAACUUUCUAAUGCAAAAGAUAAAAGGAAACACAAGUGCUUCUUGCCCCUUCCCGUGUUUAUGGCCUUCACCCCCCCCAUCUUAAUUUCUGCGCUGUGGUGCAGCCCCUAAGGAGCCUCAACUCUGCUUACCUCCACUGUGCUGCAGCAGUCCAGCUGUAACAGGACAGUGGCCACCUUCUCUGGGCCAUGGAUUAAACUUCUAAGGUACUAAUCCUUGCCCCGCCUGGGAGACCAGAGAGGCCUGCAGUGUGAGUAAGUCGGGUUUAGCUUUUGUCUGUGUACAUCAUUGACCUGUAGUAACUUACUGUAAAUGCAUGAAGCACUGUUUUAAAGCCAAGUAAAGACUGCCUGAAACCAGUUGCUGGAAAUGACUUA